AUGGCUGCAGCUAUCACGGUGAUGCAGCAUCCCUGUGCUGACGACGAAGAAGAAGACAGCGAUCAUUUCCAGAGGAUAUCUCAAUUGACCGCGCACGGCGGCGAUCGGCAGAUCAGUGAAGGAGGUGCCUCUUUGAUGGAAGAGGCGGUGCCCGACUCUGCAGCAAAAAGACGAAACAACCAUCGAAAAAGCGAAGUCCCGGUAUUCUUUGCGAAUAGUGCCGGAUCGGCAAUGCCCAGACCGCUGUUAUGCUCCAGCCUUCUCGUCACGCUGAUUUAUUGGCUAUGCUUUGUGUACUCGCAGAUCAACCACCAGGACACCGCCGCUUCCUGGGAGAUCCGAGCCAGCUUUAAGCAUUUCGAGGAGCUCAUGGACCGAAAAGCUAGCAAGUUGAAAGUUGGCGGGAAUGAUCAACCCCUCCAGCACGUCUUCAAGGACUGGGGCGACAUGUACUCCUGGAUCCGCACUGGCUAUGUGCCGUUGCUUUGGGAGGAAGGUCCUCGCGGCCGUGGCCUCCUCGCCGAUCGAAUCCGCUUGCUCGGUGGAGUUCGCUUGGCCAAGCAGGUAGCCCAGCCGGUGGACUGCAGCGCUGGUGUGGCGGAGCAGCGGUGGAUCGCCAGUGAAUACAACCACUCCUGCUUUGAAGCGGUCCCCGAUCAAGAAAGAGUGGAGCAGGAAGAUUACUGGCUCGACAUAGAAGAGGACUUGGUCACAACGUUGGCGCAUGUCGACUGGCUGGAGUCGAGUGGUUGGAUCACUCCCAACGCUACAGAUGUCGCGAUCCAGGCUUUCUUCCUGAAUGCCCAGAGCCAGUUCUUCGUGCUCUCCCAGAUGCAGGUCACACUGGAG